AUGAAAGUCCUCAUUCUUGGCCUGCCUCGAACCGGCACUCAAUCGCUCGCGGAUGCUCUCAUCCAGCUUGGCAUCUCUCCUAUCUACCAUAUGCGCGAAGUGGGCAAGAACAAACAUCAGGCCCUCUGGAUAGAGGCCAUAAAUGCCAAGUUUGACCCCGCGCAGGAGUCAUGGAACAGGGAUCAAUUUGAGCAGAUAUUGGCGGGUUUUGAGGGCGUAUCUGAUUAUCCCGCGGCCAUCUUCCCCGAAGAACUGGUUGCCGCUUAUCCGGAAGCACCGAUCAUUCUCACCACCCGAUCCGAAGACGCCUGGUAUGCGUCUAUGGAGUCCACGCUCAUUCAUAUGCAGUCCAAGCGGCCGGCCGAUGACCCGUCACCCAUGGCCGCCCUCUCACGUCUAUACACCGAGAAGUGCUGGGGAACUGAUUUCGAGGCAACCGGACGAACCUUCUUUCACGAGCAUAAUGAUACUGUGAGAGCACUAGGCAAGGGCCGGAAGUUUCUAGAGUGGCAAGCUAAAGAAGGAUGGGCGCCGGUGUGUGAAUUCCUGGGAUAUCCAGUCCCCGGCACACCUUUCCCCAGAAGUGACGAUUGGGUUGAAUACAAGAAGAUGGUCGAGAAAGAGAAAGCCCAGAAUAAGUCAUGA